AUGCAGAGGCAGCAGCAGCAGCAGCAGCACGAGCGCGAGCGCGAGCGCGAGCGCCUUCGGCAGCAGCAAGAGCUGGCACAGCAGCAGCAGCAGCAGCAGCAGCGGAGGCGGCAGCGGAGCGGCUGGAGCUCCUCGUCCGAUGUGCCAGCGUCGCCGCCGCCGCAGCAGCAGCAGCAAGAUAUGCAGCAGCAGCAGCAGCAACAGCAGCAGCACGAAGGGCUGCGCGAGUCCAGCAUCCCCUUGCCAGCAGCAGCAGCAGCAGCUGCUGCUGCUGCUGCAGUCCCCCCGUCCUCAGCAGCACCUGCAGAGCCUGCUGCAGCGCCGCCUCCCCCCGCAGCAGCAGCAGCAGCAGCAGGGGGUCGACGUGCGUUUGCUGCAGCGCCGCAGCACCCGUGGACGCAGCAGCAGCAGCAGCAGCAGCAGCAGGGUGAGGGGCCCCCGCAGGCAUCUUCUCUAACUGCUGUGCUGCGGCCCUCAAUUCAGGCGCUGCUGUCAACAACUCAAGGUGCUGCUGCUGUUGCUGCUGCAGAGGCGCUGCUGGUGCCGCAGGAGCUGCAGCAGCAGCCCGGGGCUGCUGCUGCUGCUGGGGAAGGCCCUGCUGCUGCUGCUGCUCUGAGCCAGGGCCUGCAGCCGCAGCAGCUGAUGCAGCAGUACCAGGAGUACUUCCUGCAGCAGCAGCAGCUGCUGCUGCAGCAGCAGAAGCUGGCUUCCGAGCCGCACCCGCUGCUGCCUGCGCCGCCGCACAGCUGCCGCUAUUGCCGCUGCUGGUCGGCUUGGAGCGAAGCAAAAGAGUGCCAAAGGUGCAGAUCGCGCAUCGCCAGGCACGGGCUUCCAAAGCGUUGCACGCGCUGCGGCUGCGAGGGGGGCUUCCCCCACUCUCGACCUGCUGCUGGGUUUGCUGCUGCUGCUCUUUGCUUUUUGUGUCACUGGAAGCUAAAGAAAGAAACUGCUGCUCAAAUGAAGCUGCUGCAGCGGCAGCAGCAAACGCUGCUGCUGCUGGGGCCCGGCAAGGUGGGCGAACAGACCCCCGCGGACGAGGAGCCCCCGCUGCAGCUGCUGCAGCUGCAGCAGCAGCAGCAAAAGCAGCAGCUAAAACAACAACAGCAGCAGCAGCAGCAGCAGCAGCAAGUUCUCUUCAGACAAAUCUCAGGAGAACCCUUUAGGGAACCCCCAAACGCGACGCCAAGUGCAGCGGAGACAGCGCGCGACGGCGAAGGGCAGACAGCCGAGUCGCUGCGGCAGCAAAUUAAAAUCCUUGAGGAACAAAUUCUGCAGAAGGACCUCUUUGUACAGGAAGUGCAGCAGAAAAGCUCCGAGUCGGAGCGGCAGCUGCAGCUGCAGCUGCAGGGCGCGCAGCGGCAGGCGCAGCAGCAGGUCAGCAGCAGCACUUUGAAUUGUUUCCUUUUAAUUAUUUAA